AUGGGUGGCACCGCCGGCUCAAUAUAUCUGCUAGGCAGACGGGCUUUAGAAAUCGGCGUACGUAUGGUGGCUCUCCAUACCGAAACAUGUUUAGAGGACACUGUGUUAUGGCCAACAUAUUUGAUGACCGGCGUCUUGGUUACAUGCCUCCUAGGCCUCGUCGGAAUCGUAUGUUGUAAAGUCAAAUUCUUUCAAUGGCUCUUUACUUUCUUGGUCAACAUCGGACUUCUUUAUGUCAUGGCCAUUGUCGUUUGGCGUUUGCUUAUGUUCGGGUGGAUCAGAAAAUCGACAUCAGCCGUUUUCGAUGAUGUUUAUAAGGAGGAUUCACCUCUAGAUGAAAAAUAUAAGCCGAUGCUUAUCGAAGCCAUGGUUGCCGACAACGUGUGGCCGAUGGUUGAUGAGUGUUUGACGGAGAUUAAGUUUUGUGAAGAAGAUCGUGGACCUGAAAAGUUCCUUGAUAAAGACGACGAUUGGAAAAUAGAAAAUUACUACGAAUUUUUCAGGGAAGGGUGUUGUGUGCCUCCGCCAAAAUGUGCACGCAAAUUGUUUGAGUUGGGGAGUGUAAGCGAAAACGAUGAUUGCGUAAAAUGGGCGAAUGCGACAUUGAAUAAACCAAAGCAUGUCAAAUGUUUUGAUUGUGAUUCGUGUAAAGCUGCCCGCAUGGCGACGUAUAUAACAAAUCAAGACAAGGUCGGUAUAUAUCUGACUAUUGCCGGCGUAUUCCUCUUCAUAGCCAAUCUGUUUUCUUCAAUGGGGGGUUUUGAAUAA